UGCAAAGCGAAACCAAAGCGAAGUCGGAAGUGUUUCAAAAACUUCAUCUCUUGCUCUGAAUUUAUUUGCUUGACAAUGUAAUAUAAUAAAUCAGAUAGUGAAUGAUCGUUGCAGGUAUCUAUUUGUACAAUACAAAUAGCAGAAUAAUGUGUUGUAACUGUAAGCUGUAAAGGAUGUCUUGCUGCCCAACAGAAGAAAAGUAUGGCUAUGAAGGCUGUCGAUUUGAAAGCGAUGUCGACGAAAAUUUUCACUGUUCUAUAUGCUAUAAUGUUCUCAAAGAACCACGGAUGUGUACAAAGAAUGAACACGUGUUUUGUCUUGCCUGUAUCACUCAAUAUCUGAAUGUAAACUCUCAAACUUGCCCGGAAUGUAGCGAACAUUUGAGUGCAGAUACGCUUCGUCGAGCACCGCGUGCAUUGAAUAAUUAUUUAUUUAAACUAAGGAUAAAUUGCGAUUAUGCCAAUCGAGGAUGUCCACAGUUUACCUGUGUCGAGGAACUAAAAAAUCAUGUCGCGAAUUGCGGGUUUUCCCCUGUGUUGUGUUCAAAAGAGGAAUGCAGUAUGGUAAUUGAUAAGAAAGAUAUAAUCCACCACGAGACUGUGCUUUGUGAAUAUAGAAAAUUCAAGUAUUAUGGCUGUGAACAAACGCAGGAAGAUGUGAAAGCAAUGAAGAGAAGUUUAUUGGAAUUGGACGGGGAAGUAAAAGCAGCUAAACAGACAAAGUUAGAGAACAACCAUGUUGACAUGGAAAAGUUCUUGGGAAAAUUGGAAGGAAGUUUAGUGGAACUGGAUGGCAAAGUGGAAGUAGCAAAUGAAAAGAUAGAGAACAAUAAUCUUGAAAUGAAACAGAUCGUUGGAAGAUUGGAAGGACGUUUAGUGGAACUGGAUGGUAAAGUGGAAGCAGCUAAUCAAAAGACAGAGAACAAUAAUCUUGAAAUGGAAAAGAUUGUAAGAAGAUUGGAGGAAAGUUUAAUCGAACUGGAUGGGAAAGUGGAAACAAUGAAUAAAAGGCACGAUGAAAUUAAACAAGAAGUAAAGAAAGAAGUCGGGGAAGUUAGGAAAGAAGUAAGAGACGUGAAAGAAAAUCUUUGCAAAAUGGACAAAGACGUGGACGAAGUCAAAGUGAUGGUGAGUCAAAUGUUGGAAAAGAUAAAUGUGCUCGAACGGAUGAACAAACUGCCCUCUCCGACAGAUGAAUUGUUGAAUAACCUAAAAGAAGACAUUUUAGUUGCAGGUGGAUAUUGUCUUUCGGUUAAAACUGGCAAAAGUACUGAAAUUUAUUCCUGGGAGAAAAACGGUUGGUUUGAAGCGGCACGAAUGAAUGAUGAGCACAUUGGAGCUUCAUUAAUUAGUUAUAAAGAUAAGUUAUUUGUCUUUGGAGGAGACGGUAGUAAGAAGAUAGAGACCAUGGAUCUCAAUGAAUUACCUUUGAAAUGGAAUAAGUUUUGUGGAGAACUUCCUUACAAGUGUGAUGAUCAUCAAACUGUCGUUUACCAACAGCGUGUCAUUCACAUUGGUGGAUAUAUCUCUGGCAAAUCGAGAAGGUCCAACGUGAUUAGUGAAUUGGAACUUACCUCACCUUGCACAAUGAAAGACUUGUGCCAAAUGCCUGAGCCAAGAGAUUGUCAUGGCGCUGAAAUACUCGAAGAUAAACUCUUGAUCCUGGGAGGACAAAAAUCUCCCUAUUGUAAACACGCUAUGGACAGUGUAUUGGAGUUUGAUGCGACGAAGAAUAAAUGUAAGGAAUUGUCGCCAUUACCACAUCCUUUGACGGAACUGGCAACGGUUCGCUGGCGAGAUCAAGUAAUUGUGCUUGGUGGUCGUGAUAAGAAUGGUCAAGUUCUUAAUGAUGUUUUCAUGUAUGACUGCAAGACGGGCAAGAUCACCGUCUUACCAUUCAUGCUGGAGAAGAGAUAUGAAUGCUGUUCAGUUAUCACUGGAAAUACAAUUGUAGUCAUGGGAGGUAUCAAUGAAGAAGAUGAAUAUCUCAAUUCAGUGGAGUGUUUUACAAUGGGAGGUUCUACAUGGGAAUAUCUUCCUGCCAUGAAUAAAGCCAGGUACAGAGCAGUUGCUGACGUUUUACCUUCCACAAGAAAAUAUGUGUAAGUUUGACAUUUAGACUUUACGAUAAGACGUUUAAUAAGCCUGGUUGACACUAGCAAUUCUGUCGGCGAUUUUUCUCCUGGCAAAUGUAAUCGAAAGAAUGACAUCAGAAGAUUUAGAAUUGUUUACUUCUGAAAAGCGACUCUAUACUUUUGUGUGCGAAUGCACUCAUUUGGGUCCGUCAGAAACACAAAAUCGCCAAUAAAACUGCUAGUGUGAACCAAGCUUUAAUCAUCAGUAAUAUUGGGGAUCUCAAGUUUUCCUGUUUCUGCAAGGAAGAAAUUACUGCAACUUGCAAAAUGGGAAAGUUUAUUGCAAAGCAUUUCCAUUAAAAUGUUUUAUGCAUGAUGUCUUAUUUUUUUUUGACGUAUUUGUAAGCAAUUUCAAUUAUAAAACAUCAUUGAAAUAAAAUUUGUUGCAAGUUCCCGCAAAGUGUCG